AAAAACAAGAGAAAAACCAAAAGAGAUUCACAAGACUCCAAAUAAGAAAAGGCAAAAAGGUCGAUCAGAAUGAGUGCGAGAUCAGUAUCCGAGUCCUCCUCGGCCUCGAGCAACGUCUCAGACGAAGCAGAAUGGCUCGACGUUGAAAACGACGAGGAAGAAGCCAUCCCCAUCGUCUCCCUCUUCGACACGCAAAAGACAUUCCCCAGCUGGCAGGAGAUGCUCGACAGCUGCAAGCGAGACCACGGCUUCGACCUCAUCGCCACCAUCAGGGACCUCAAGCUCGACUUCCACGGCGCCGUCAAGCUCGUCAACUUCAUCCGCAGCCGCGUCCGGGACCAGCAGCCCGUGCCGCAGAGCCUGACGGCGGCCGACUUUGACGACGACGCCUACUUCAAGCCCGUGCUCGACAACGACGCCCUCAUCGUGUCGCUGGAUGAGAUUCUCGACAGUGACCUCGUCAAGGCGGCGGCGGACGGUGCCGCGGGUGCGGGCGAGGCUCAGCGGGAGGACGGCUCUGUGGAGGAGCUGUUGACGCAGAAGCAGGCGCUCGAGGCCGAGCUCGAGGCCGUCCGGACGCAGUUUUCAAACUACCGGCUGGCCGUGCAGGAGACGCUGGAUCGCCGCUGGGGAGACGAUGAGGAGCAGAGCCCGGCGGCCAAGGGCAAGGCCGGGCCUGAGGACCGUGGAAACUACUAUUUCGAGUCUUAUGCCUACAACGAUAUCCAUGAGACUAUGCUCAAGGACACGGUCAGGACAGAGGCCUACCGUGACUUCAUCUACAACAACAAGGACAUCUUCAAGGACAAGGUGGUGCUCGAUAUCGGCUGCGGCACAGGCAUUCUCAGCAUGUUCUGCGCAAAGGCCGGCGCAGCUCGCGUCAUUGCUGUCGACAAGUCUGACAUUAUCAAAAAGGCAACGGAAAACAUCUUCAACAACGGCCUUUCCGACAUCAUCACCUGCGUCAAGGGCGGCAUCGAGGACGUCAAGCUGCCCGUCGACCAGGUCGACAUCAUCGUCAGCGAGUGGAUGGGCUACUGCCUGCUGUACGAGGCCAUGCUGCCCAGCGUUCUCUACGCCAGGGAUCGAUAUCUCAAGCCUGAUGGCCUGCUGGUCCCCAGCUCCGCCACCCUGUGGAUGGCGCCCGUCCAGGACGCCGACUACAUGAUGGAACACAUUUCUUAUUGGCGAGACGUCUAUGGCUUCGAUAUGAAGGCUAUGCAAGAGGGCAUCUUUGACGAGGUCAGGGUCGAGGCGGUGCCCCAGAGCGCCCUCAGCGGAGAGCCGUACCCCUUCAAGGUCCUCGACCUCCACACGGUAAAGCCCGAGGAGCUUUCCUUCACAGCCAAGUGGGAGUCACGGCUGUCGCGGCCGUCAGAGGGCCUGGACGGCUUCCUCAUCUGGUUCGACAACUUCUUCGCCACGUCCAGAGACGAGCCCGUGCCCGAGCCCUUCACGACCCCCGAGGACUUCGUAAAGGCGAAGCCGGGCAACGUCGCGUUCACGACCGGUCCGUCCGGCACAGUCACCCAUUGGAAGCAAGGCCUGCUUUUGGUGCCCCAGGGGUCUGCUCCCUCCAAGCUGCCAGAAAGAAUAUCUGGCGAGGUUACGUUUGCAGCCCUCGAGGAGAAUGCGAGAGCGCUGAGAGUCGAUGUCACAUGCUCCUUUGAAGGCCAGUCUACCACCGCAAGCCAAGAGAAGAAAUGGUCCUGGAAAUUGGACUAG